UCAGCUCUGGCAAUGAAUUUUGGAACGCAGUCCGUAUUGGUCAUAUGAUUUUCACGAAGGAAAGGGCGAGUCGUGUGAGAUCCAGUUUCGAACUUGGCAUAUAUUUUACGACUUUUCCUCAUCAACGUAAUUCAAAAAAAAUUUCGUCGCAGAAUGAAGGGAUGCAUAUUCAACAUUGACGGCGGCUACUUAGAAGGUCUGUGCCGUGGUUUCAAGUGUGGCAUACUUCAACAGAGCGAUUAUCUGAAUUUGGUUCAGUGCGAGACGCUCGAAGAUCUGAAACUACAUUUGGCUGGUACAGACUACGGCAGCUUUUUGGCAAAUGAACCAUCUCCACUUUCUGUUAGUGUGAUUGAUGACAAAUUGAGAGAGAAAUUGGUUGUAGAAUUUCAACAUAUGCGCAAUCAUUCCGUUGAGCCCCUGUCUCAAUUUCUAGAUUUUAUCACUUACAGUUAUAUGAUUGACAACAUUAUUCUGUUAAUCACUGGUACUUUGCAUCAAAGACCUAUUUCAGAAUUAAUUCCAAAAUGCCAUCCACUUGGUAGUUUUGAGCAAAUGGAAGCAAUCCAUGUUGCUGCCACACCUGCUGAGUUGUACAAUGCUGUAUUGGUAGAUACACCCUUGGCACCUUUCUUUGUGGAUUGCAUAUCUGAGCAAGAUUUGGAUGAGAUGAAUAUUGAAAUAAUAAGGAAUACACUUUAUAAAGCUUAUUUGGAAGCAUUUUAUAAAUUUUGUAAAGAACUUGGGGGUACAACUGCAGACACUAUGUGCGAAAUACUUGCUUUUGAAGCAGAUAGAAGAGCAAUUAUUAUAACCAUUAAUUCGUUUGGAACUGAAUUGGGUAAAGAUGAUCGUGCAAAAUUAUAUCCACGCUGUGGACGUUUGAAUCCAGAUGGAUUAGCAGCUUUAGCAAGAGCUGACGAUUAUGAACAAGUGAAGGCUGUAGCAGAAUAUUAUGCUGAAUAUAGCGCUUUAUUUGAAGGCGCAGGUAACAAUCCUGGUGAUAAAACUUUGGAAGACAAGUUCUUUGAGCAUGAAGUUCGUUUGAAUGUUCAUGCAUUUCUUCAACAAUUUCACUUUGGAGUAUUCUAUAGCUAUUUGAAAUUGAAGGAACAAGAGUGUCGCAAUAUUGUGUGGAUUGCGGAAUGCGUUGCUCAAAAGCAUCGUGCUAAAAUAGAUAAUUAUAUUCCUAUAUUUUAAAUGCUACAAUAACGUUAAUUAUGUUCAUUUCUGCAACAAUAAUGAAUUUAUUAAUAUAUGUUAAGAUAUUUUCUAAUAUUGUGAACUAUAUGAUAAUGUUAUAAUUAUCAGAGGAAGAAAAUCUUCUGAAAUUGUUUGAAAAAUAUCCAGAAUACUUAUUAUAGAAAGUA